AUGGCCAAGUCCAAGGACCACACCACACACAACCAGUCCAGAAAAUGGCGCAGAAAUGGUAUCAAGGAACCCCGAUCACAAAGAUACGAAUCUCUUAAGGGGGUGGACUCCAAGUUCCUGAGGAACAUGUGCUUUGCCAAGAAGCACAAGAAGAAGGACCUAAAGAAGAUACGUGCCAACACCACCAAGGCCAUGAGUGCACGUACUGAGGCCAUCAAGGUCAUCGUAAAGCCCAAGGAGGUUAUGCCCAAGAUCCCAAAGGGUGUCAGCCGCAAGUUCAAUCAACUUGCCAACAUUGCCCACCCCAAGCUUGGGAAGUGUGCUCGUGCCCGCAUUGCCAAGAAGCUCAGGCUCUGCUGGUCAAAGGCCAAGGCCAAGGAUCAAACCAAGGCCCAGGCUGCAGCUCCAGCUGCAGUUCCAGCUCAGGCUCCCAAAGGUGCCCAGGCCCCUACAAAGGCUUCAGAGUAG